AUGUCGGCGCCCGCUGAAAUCUUGGAGAAUGGCUCCACACUGUCUCAUGGAGCCACGACUGCAUCCCAAAUAUCACCGCAAAGCUCCACAAUCUCGCCGCAGGCAUCUGCAAGCGAGAAGCCAUCACCAACAUCAGACGACUCGCCUUACCUCGACUCGGAAGGUCACGUUACAAAAGCGCAAUCAAGCAUGCCCUUCGCCGACUUUGUCAUCGAGAACGACGACUUGCACGAUUACGAAAGCCAGACAAAGGUUCAGCGUCGCAUGGAUCCGCGUGUCCUGCUCGAUCUGACCACCCUGUCCAUCGUCAUCGCUGGCAUCAUUCUCCUUUUCCUUGGUUAUCCUUUGAUAGAAUUCGGACAUCUCGCCAGCGGAAAGAAGGACGGUUUCAACCUCGGCGGAACCAACGCCACGGGUCAAGUACCAAACCUCGCCAACGUGCGCAUGUCGCUCAUCGACCCAGACACACCACAGGACGUCCUCACGAAGGCUUCUGUAGACGGCUCGCAGGAGUUGCAGCUCGUCUUUAGCGACGAGUUCAACACCGAUGGCAGGUCCUUCUACCCAGGAGAUGAUCCCUUUUGGACCGCCGUGGAUCUUUGGCCGUGGCCUACCGGAGACUUCGAAUGGUACAGCCCAGAAGCUGUGACGACAUCAGGUGGAAAUCUCGUCAUCACCGCCGAUCAGGUCGAAACAAACAACCUGAACUUCCGCAGUGGGCAACUUACCACCUGGAAUCAGUUCUGCUUCACCGGCGGCUACAUCGAGGUGCGGCUUCAGCUGCCCGGAAGCAGCUCUGUCUCCGGUUGGUGGCCAGCCGUAUGGACCAUGGGCAACCUGGGCCGCGCCAACUACGGUGCCACAACGCAGGGAACCUGGCCGUACGCCUACGACGCAUGCGAUGUGGGGACGCUGGCCAAUCAGACAUAUCCGGACGGGUCGGGCCCCGAAGGUGCACUCACGAGUGGCGCUACAGUCUUCAAUAAUAAGUACCACACCAGCUCCAUCAGCUGGCAGCCCGGUCAACGUCUUUCUGCCUGCACAUGCCCGGGCGAGGAUCAUCCUGGCCCCAAGGAUUCGAGCGGCAACUUUGUCGGUCGAGCAGCACCCGAAAUCGACGUCAUCGAGGCGCAGGUGGGAGGCGGUAUCGGAGGAGUUUCGCAAUCUGGUCAGUGGAUGCCGGCAAACUACGGCUACGAGCUGAUCAACACCACCGGCACCGAGUACACUUUCUUCCAACCUACGGCGCAGCUCAACUCAUACCAGGGCAACGUACUGCAACAAUCGGCCAGUGGUGUCGCCAACACUCUACAGACGGCAUACCAGUACAGCGGUGGAGACUUUGCCGUGUACGGCUUCGAGUACAAGGCAGGUUACGACGGCUACAUCCACUGGAUCAACAACAACGAGCGGUCCUGGAGUCUCUUCUCGGGUGCGCUUGCAGCUGAUCCACGCGUCAACAUCAGCCGUCGACCUGUACCGCAAGAGCCCAUGUACAUCCUCAUGAACCUGGCUCUCUCGUCGGGAUUCGGAACCAUCGAGUGGGACAGACUUCGGUUCCCAGGCAAGAUGCUCAUCGACUAUGUUCGUGUUUACCAACCCAAGGGUCAGACCAACGUCGGUUGCGACCCAGACGACUUCCCCACCCAGGCCUACAUCAACAAACACAUUGAAGCUUACAGCAACCCAAACCUGGUGAGUUCGAAUCGCACGUCUGCAAUUACCAUAUCAUCAGCCGAUUUCGUCCUAUCAGCUAGCCGCUCGACAAAGCAAUUCACUUACUGCAUUCGUGAUCACCUCACCGCUUUGCGCGUCGCCUUCCUAUCAGCUGUGAAAGCAUCAGUGAGAGCGACUGGCAAUGAGAAUCGCGCCAAAGUGCACAGUCAAAACGAAACGGCCAAAAGAGUUGUGGUGGUAAUACACGUCUUGUCUGAGCAGCUAAUCUAUGCGGAAAACAAUACGAAAUGUGGGAAGCGGAUUCGUUGA